AGACAGCCACCAAAUCAUUCCUGCGGCCCAACGUCAUCAAGCCCGCCGCCCCCUGGCAAGUCGUUGACAAGACGGGGAAAGGAGGAUCAGAUGGCGACGUGGUGGCGCUUCCUCACCAAGACCACAAGGCCAAAGCCCCAACUUCUCCGAGGCUGCCCGGCACCCGCCGGAACUGCCUGAAGGCGGGAAGCGCCGCGGGGCGGGGCAGGCCGAGCCAGGCCGAAGUCUUGGAGUUACCCGAUUCUCCGGAUCCCGCCGACCCCGGGGAGGUUAGCGGGACAGAGGCUGGGCCCAGCGUGGUUCCGAAGAGAGAGGCGGCUCCGGAGGUUAUUAAUUUGGAGGAAGUGGGGCCCGAUCGGGAGAGCCAAGAAGAAGAAGAAGAAGAAGAGGGAGAUCGGACGCUUCCACCACAGCAGGACCCCAAACUUUUCCAUUGCGCGAAGGAGAACAUGCGGCUGGAUCAUCCGUACUUCCAGCCGGCGAAGGAGGAGGCACGGACUGGGGUCAAUCCUCUCCCUUCUCAGCCUGGACCGUUGGAAAGAGAACUUGGGCCUUUGCCGAGGGUGUACCAGGGAGAGAUUCCCGGGCCGGCUUUCCCCAGGCCCGAGCCUCAGCAGGAUGGGAUCCCAGGCCCCGCUUCCCCUCAACUAGCUCACCCCCCAGAGGAAAACGGAGGCCAGGAGGCGGUAAUAAACGAGCAGGCCGGGCCGGCGUUUCCAGUCCAAGGGUCGCUGAAUACCAGCUCCGGCGAGCUUCCCAAGCAGACGGCUACUCUGCUGGACAAAGACCUCCUUGUUUUACUCACCCGAGAAACGGAAGCCAGGUUCCCAGAUGCAACGAGAGAGUACAUCGAAGAGCUGAUCCAGAGCAAAAACUGCAACGACUUAAACAUACUCUGUAAUUUUCUUCUGGAAAAUCCAGACUAUCCAAAGAAGGAACUCAAUAUGGUUUUAAAUCCAAAUAGCAGCCUGCUUUCCAGCCAAGACGAGACAAAGGUGCCUAAAGUGGACUAUUUUGACUUCUCCAAACUGGAUCCGCUCGACCAACGUUGCUUCAUUCAAGCCGCCGACCUCCUCAUGGCCGACUUCAAAAUGCUGAGCAGCCAAGACAUCAAGUGGGCCCUCCACGAACUCAAGGGACACUAUGCAAUCACACGAAAGGUCCUCGCCUCUUGCUUCUCCUUCCUUCCUUCCUUGCUAGGAACCUCCCCUCUUUUAAUGUCCGAAAGGGAGACGCGGAGGCCAGGCUCAAAAAAGAAACCCCUUAGGUGCCCGGAAUUCAAAGGCCUCUGAUAUGGGUAGUCCUCGACUUAUGACCCAUUGCUGAGUGGGAGAGUUGUUAAAGUGAGCUUUGCCUCCUUUUGCAACCUUCCUCGCCACAGUUGUUAAGUGAAUCGCUGCGGCUCUUAAGGGAGUGACCUGGCUGUUAAGCGAAUAUGGCUUCCCCGUCGCAAAAGGAGGAUCAGGUCGUUAUGCAAGCGUCAUAAAUAUGACUCGGCCAAUUGCGGGUCCGAAUUUGGAUCACGUGACCAGGGGGAUGGUGCAGCUGUCUGUCGUUAAGUGUGAGAACAAUUGUACGUCUCUCUUUUUUUUCCCCCAAUGCUGUUGCAACUUUGGUCACUGAAUGA